AUGGCUGGGCGUGGGGGUGGCACUUCGCAUGCAGCUGCCAAAAUCCGUUCAAAAUCUCUGCCUUCUCCCAUGGACGCACCAAUUCCAAGUUUCUUCAGGAUCAUCCUUCCUUACAUGCUCGAGAAAAAGAAGCUGAAGCUGCCCCUGAAGUUCGUCAAAUUGCAUGGUUCCGAACUCUCGUCAACGGCAGCACUGACCUUACCAAACGGCAGGAUAUGGAAGGUCGGCGUGGAGAAGGCGACGAGGGACGACAACGAGGAGAUCUGGUUCGGCGACGGUUGGGCUGAGUUUGUGGAGCACCACUCAAUUUCCGCAGGUUUUUUUCUGACGUUUCAGUAUCAGCGAGGCCUCUCUGCCUUCAAUGUCCGCAUCUUCGACUUCACCACCUGCUCAAUCGACUACCCUAAGACCGAGCAGCUCGAUGAGGAGACGGGCUCCCCUCAUUACAUAGUCAUUUCCUCCGACGAAGACGAAGGAGCUUGCGUCCGACCCAGAAGGCGGCAAACCUCCGAUCUCAUUACCCUGGUUGGGAAUUGGCGAUUUGGGAAUGCAGCUGAGAUUGAGAAAACGCUGAAGUGUCUAAAAGCAAGCGGGAUUGCGACGAAUGCCCUGUUCCACCUCUUGUUACCCAAGUUCUACAGACAGAGCAAGAGGGGAAUCGAGGAAGCCAUUGCGUGCAAGCCCAAAGACCGUCCUUGCUUCAUGGUCGUGCCAAACGCUCGUCAGAUUCGUGGGUACACCAGGACCAUGAUACCAACUCGGUUUGGGAGAGAGCAUAAGAUUCAGAGAAGAAGCAAUAGGAGGGGGAUUCUGGAGGUGAGCAAUGGCGAAAAAGCAGGUGAGCAGUGGAGGGUAGAGGUGGCGAGGAACAAGACAGGGCCAGAGAUGUUUAUGGGGAAGGGAUGGGUAAAGUUUAUGGAAGAUAACAAUAUGGGAGAAGGAGAUGUGUGCCUCUUCCAGCUGGUCUCUGCGGCGGAUACUGUGAAGAUGGACGUGUCCAUCUUUCCAGCCCAGCCCAGUGAAUUGGUAGAGUAG